AUGUUAACAGUUUCAAAAAGUGUUAACGGUUUCAAAAGUGUUAAUGUUAACAUUAACAUGUGGUUAUUGAUUGUUUUAUUAGUAACCAUAACAAAAAUAAUAAUAGUUAUAGAGGCAAAACCAGAAGUAGAAAUCCUUUCAACAUCAACUACGUUACUUGUUUACACUACAACUCCAAACUUAAAUUUACCUUCCUCAGAACCACCCAUCAAUAAUAACAAUAUUGAUCCUUUGAGAUAUAAUGACGAUAAAACCUAUACUUGCAUUGUGAUUGAACUUGUUAAAUGUCAUUGGGAAACUCCAAAUGGUCAACCAACAGAAGAUAAUAAUUCAACUAAAAUUCCAAAUUAUAGAGCAUGUAAAAGAGUAAAAAAAGUUGAAAGAACAAAAUAUUUUGAGUUUCAGUUUAUAAAUAUUUUUGUAGCAUUUUUAUCUUGCAGUCUAUUUGUAUGGAGAAAAAGAAAAUUAGAAUUUGAUGGAUAUAGAAAAUUAUCAGGACGUAUUGGUGAUCUGGUGGUGUUGGUGGUAGUAAUGGCAAUGUAA